GGCCAGUGGGUGGCCGAGGAGAGGCGUUUCCGUUUCCGGAGGCUGCGAGCUGGGGGUGGGAAAGGGACUCCGAAAGGGAAGAAAGAAAAGAAAGAGAAGGAAGGAGGAAGGAAGGGAAGGGACGGGGCUGAGAGAGGCGGAGGACGGAGGGAGCCAGCCCGCUGCUGCCGGGGCUCAGGAGGACCAGAAAAAUGAAGGCAGGUUGUCCCAUUGUGGAGAAGCCCGAAGCUGGCGGAGGCUAUCACUUCCCAGACUGGGCCUACAAGACGGAAUCCAGUCCAGGCUCCCGGCAGAUCCAGCUCUGGCACUUCAUCCUGGAGCUGCUGCAGAAGGAGGAAUUCCGGCACGUCAUUGCUUGGCAGCAGGGCGAAUACGGGGAGUUUGUCAUCAAAGACCCUGACGAAGUGGCCCGGCUGUGGGGCCGGCGGAAAUGCAAGCCCCAGAUGAACUACGACAAGCUGAGCCGGGCCCUCAGAUACUAUUACAACAAAAGAAUCCUCCACAAGACAAAAGGGAAGAGGUUCACCUACAAGUUCAACUUCAAUAAGCUGGUGAUGCCCAAUUACCCCUUCAUUAACAUCCGGCCUACCGGGGUCGUCCCGCAGAGCGCACCUCCUGUCCCCACGGCUUCUUCCCGCUUCCACUUCCCUCCUCUGGACAGCCACUCUCCCACCGAAGAAUCCCACCAUGGCCGCUUCUCCGGCCGGGCCCUGGUGCCCCCGUCUGGCACAGAGGGUCUCAACAACGGCUCCCUCGGCGAGAAGUCAUCUCCGGUGCCCGAACUGGAUAGCGGCUCCCCGGACUGGCGCCAUGGCGUGGACCCGCUGGCCUCUCGCAACUCCUCCUCUGCCGCUGCCGCUGCCGCCCUGGGUGGCAUGGGCCCCCAGAAGCGUAAGCCGGACCUGGUGCUUCCUCUCUUCGGCCGGUCAGGGAUGUACCCUGACCCGCACAGCCCGUUUGCAGUCUCCCCACUCCCGUCCCGCGGAGGCAUCCUGAACGUCCCGAUCUCGCCCGCCUUGUCCCUGACGCCCACCUUCUUUUCCUACAGCCCCUCCCCUGGCAUGAGCCCCUUUGCGCCCGGGGGCAGCUGCUUCUCCUUCAACCCCGAGGAGAUGAAGCACUACCUCCACUCCCAGGCCUGCUCGGUCUUCAACUACCACCUGAGCCCCAGGACCUUCCCUCGCUACCCGGGCCUGUUUGUGCCCCCGUUCCCAUGUCCCCAGGUGCCUCCGGAGGAUCAGGCCCCCUUUCCCAUCAAACUGCAGCCCCCGCCGGUCGGGCGCAAGAACCGGGAGAGGCUGGAGAGUGGCGGAGGGGGGCCCAGGGCUUCUCAGCCUCCUCCGGCAUCGCCCCCCCAUAUUAAGACGGAGCCUGUCUCCGACCCGGAGCUGGAAUGCAGAGAGUCCCCAAAGAGAGACCUGGUGGGGAGGGAGGAAGGUGCCAGUGCAGCUGGGGCCCCCAAUUAUCAGGAACAGGAGAAAGAUGCUCUCUUUGCCAGGCCGGUCACCCCUACCUGGGUUGCAGUAUCACCACCCCCCAGUCAGGCUAACACCCCGGUUGUUGAAAAACCCAAACAAGAAGAAGGAAUGGCUGACAGAACAGGUCCCCCGGAAUCUGUGGGAGAGGCACUGGCACCAGAAAAGAGGGAGGAUGCUGUAAUGCCCCCCAAGCUGCGCCUGAAGCGCCGCUGGAAUGGAGACCGGCAGGCGGAGGUCUCCGAGGAGGGCAAUGUCAGGCACCCCAUCUGGGGCAGCCGCCUGGACACCCCGCAUAUCCUCCUGGCCCCCAAGGCUGCCAUGGAUACUUAGGCUUGUAGGAUGCCACAGCAGCAGGGCUCUUCUGGGUUGCUGUGAGGUUUCCGGGCUGAAUGGCCAUGUUCCAGAAGCAUACUCUCCUGAAGUUUGGCCCACAGCUAUGGCAGGCAUCCUCAAAGGUUGUGGGGUCUGUUGGAAACAAGGCAAGUGGGGUUUAUAUAUCUGUGGAAUAAUGUCCAGAGUGGAAGAAAGAACUCUUGUCUGUUUGAAUGUUGCCAUUGACCACCUUGAUUGGCAUUGAAUAGCCUUGCAGCUUCAAAGCUUUGCUGCUUCCUGCCUGGGGCAAUCCUUUGUUGGGAGUUGUUAGCUUGCCCUGAUUAUUUCAUGUCUGGAAUUCCCGUAUUCAGAGUGUUGUUCUUUAUUUACUCUUCUAAUUUUAGAGUUUUUUUUAAUAUGGGUAGCCAGAAUUUGUUCAUUUUGAUGGUUUCCUUCUUUCUGUUGAAAUUGUCCACAUUCCUGUGGAUUUCAAUGGCUUCUCUGUGUAAUCUUACGUGGUGGUUGGGAAUCCUUUGUUGGAAGGUGUUAGCUGGCCCUGAUUAUUUCAUGUCUGGAAUUCCCGUAUUCAGAGUGUUGUUCUUUAUUUACUCUUCUAAUUUUAGAGUUUUUUUAUAUGGAUAGCCAGAUUUUGUUCAUUCUGAUGGUUUCCUUCUUUCUGUUGAAAUUGUCCACAUUCCUGUGGAUUUCAAUGGCUUCUCUGUGUAAUCUUACGUGGUGGUUGGAAUCCUUUGUUAGGAGGUGUUAGCUGAUUUUUUUCAUGUUUGGGAUUCCCCCGUUUUCAGAGUGUUGUUCUUUACUUGGUGUACCAACCUGGACUCAGCAUAUUAUUUGAGAACACAGAAAUGCUGGACCACUGUAACCAUCAAUAUGUCAGACAACACAGAGAAGCCAUUGAAAUCCACAAGCAUGUGGACCAUUUCAACAGAAAGGAGGAAACCUUGAAAAUGAACAACAUCUGGUCCCUAGUAUUAAAAAAACAAACUAAAAUCAGGACAGUAAAUAAAGAACAGCAUUCAGAAAACAGAGGAAUUCCAGAUAUGAAACAAUCAGGGCCAGCUAACACCUCCCAGCCAGGAAUCAGCCAGGACAUGAAGCUGCAAGGCCAUUCAAUGCUAAUCAGAGUGGCCAAUUGCAACAUUCACACUUGCUUCAAACAGACUAAGAGUUCCUUCUCCCACCCUGGACCUUCCACAGAUAUAUAAACAUCCUUUGCCUUGUUUCCAAUAUACUUCACAUCCUCUGAGGAUGCCUGCCAUAGAUGCAGAUGAAAUGUCAUGAGACAGUGCUUCUGGAUCAUGGCCAGACAGCCCGGAAAACUCACAGCAACCAGUCAUUCCGGCCAAGAAAGCCUUUGUCCUGUAGCAAGGUUGGCCUGGCUGGAGCCCUGAUUAUGACGACAACGUUGAGGGCUGGAAUGGUUUGUCGAAUUCUAGGCAUUUUUGCGGGAAAGGGUUUGCUUUGUGUGUGUGUGUGUGUGUAUGCGUGUGCGCAUGUUAAUUGCAGGUAAAAUGCAGUCCGCCAUGUUUGGGGGUCCUGGGGCGGGGAGUCACAAAAGCGAGGCUUGCCUUGUGGCCGCUUGGCAAUUUCCUAACCACCCCCACCCUUCCACCCCAACCCCAUAUUUUUUACCUAUAGCGUUUUAUAGAAGCAAGAGUCUGCCUGAAUGUAUAUAAAUUCCUUUUUCUAGGGAGCCUGGUCAUGCAAUCCGUGCAGAACUGGAAUGUGUCUUGUAUCAGAACAAGAAUAAAUUUUUACUGUGGGCGGGGGGGGGGGGGGGGUGGCGGGGGGACGGAACAUUGCACUGUCUUUUACAUUUUGCAGGAAGAGAUGACAAAAACACAACGCCAGCGGCAGGCCGGCCAUUGCCCAAGGGCUGGUGCGGUGGGGGCCUUGUUGUACCUCUUUUAAGUGUUACUUGGGGCGGGGUGGGGAAGGGGAAUCUUUUCCAAAAUCUUGACGUAGCCAUGACGGGGAAUCAUGUAGAGACCUUUUUCAGGGACGGGAGAGGAAUGUGGAUGUAAAAUGUAUAUCUAUAUCUCUAUAUAACGAAAACAAAAAAAAACCCAAAUGCCUUUAAUAAGCUGCGCUUCUUGGUUGCGGUGGGUGAGGAGGGGUCUGCUUCGGAGCAACCCAAGACUGAGGUCGUGGGAGCUUUUGUGUCUUGCCUUAACUCUGCUCUUGCGUGAACCUAGCAUCAGGGAAAGGGGGUCGGAGGGGGAGUCUUGGCAAGACGGGGGUCUCCCGGUGGUCUUGGGGGCCUGCCUUGGUUUGCCCAGAAGGCCAGAGAAGGGGCCAGGCGCUGCUCAGGGUAUCAAAGCAAAGUGGAACGAUUCCUGGUGAGCCAUGUGUGUUGUUGACAGUGCUGCGGAGUCUGGGAGAAGAAGGAUGGUUGGAUGGAUGGAUGGAAGGAAGAAAGGCAAGGUGGGGUCUGGGGAGGUGGCUCAGUCCACUCUGUUGUUUCCUAGGGAAAUAGGGUGACCCCAAAGAGCAGGCCCUUUGUCAGCCACAGUGAAACGUAAAAAAGGAAAGUAUGGUGUAUAGUAUGUAAGUACUGUUGGUAAUGCAAUAUGAUCUUCUAUAUAAACAACUUUUGGUGGCACUUGUUAUACAAGCUGCAAAAGAAGGGGAUUAUGGUGUCGUAUUUAACAUCAAUCUAAACUGGAUUUGGCUACAAGCAGUGGUAGAUCAUAGCCCCGUCCCUAUGGAAUCUCUUACGUCUACUAGUAGUAUAUAUUGCAAUGAGUACUUUACUUAAGGUAUCCACUAUUUGUAUUAUCCACUAUUGCAACCUCAUUGUUUUUAAUUUGAUGUUUUAAUUCUGUGUUGCGUUUUUUCACCUAUUGUGUAUAUUUUAUUAUUGGUUUUUUUUGUUGUCCUUUGAUGUUUCAUAUUUUAUAAUUGCUUGUAUUUUGAUUUUGCUGUAAGCCGCCCCGAGUCCCCUUCGGGGGAGAUGGAGGCGGGAUAUAAAUAAACUUAUUAUUAUUAUUAUUCUCAUUCACUACAUUAGUAUAGUUCUUAACAUAAAGGAAUACAUUUGGCAAUACUUGCAAAGGUAUUAUGGAAAAACUAUUCCUAUUUACAGUUUAAGUGACAAUUAUGUCAAAUAGAAAUAAAAAACAAACAAAAUCUUAUACUUGACUUAAUAACAAUCAAAAUGGCUGUCGCAGCAUUGAAUCGAGUUAAAUAAACAGUUCUUAACAUGCAGAUGUACAAUAAGGCAACCCUUCACAUAAAGCUGUUGGAGUCUCUAGUUUGAUUUCAAUCUUGUCAAAUCGAAUAAAUGAAAAACAAGCAGAAUCUACUGCCCUCUUGAUAGUGUUCUCAAGUGUUGCUGGAGCGUGGAAAAAGACAGUUCAGUAAUUAAUAUAACAUCUGUAUAAGUUCUUCUUAGUGAAUGAGAAUACAAAUAGUGGAUACCUUGAGUAAAGUACUCAUUGCAAUAUAUACUACUAGUAAACGUAGGAGAUUCCAGAGGGACGGGACUAUGAUCUACCACUGUUUGUAGCCAAAUCCAGUUUAGAUUGAUGUUAAAUACGAUGUAUUUAAUACGAUGUAUAGUAUGGUGUACAUACUAUACACCAUACUUUUUUACGUUUCACUGUGGAUUAUAGACACCUGCGUUUUGAGUUACCUUUGCCAGCCACCCCAUGGCUUUUGUUGCAAAUGGAGGCUUCUUUGCAAGUGAGUGCCGGUUGUCUCUUUUGCUCACAAGGAUACUUUCAGCAUGGAUCUGCUCAGAUUCUGAAGUCCUUGCUUCAAAGGGGAAGACUUCCAGACCUAUAAAGACACGUAUCCACUGUUACAAUAAUGCCAAAACUUUUUGAAUGUCUUGUCGAAGGCUUUCAUGGCCGGGAUCACAGGGUUGUAGUAUGUUUUCCAGGCUGUAUGGCCAUGUUCCGGAAGUAUUCUCUCCUGACGUUUCGCCCACAUCUAUGGCAGGCAUCCUCAGAGGUUGUGAGGAUGCCUGCCAUAGAUGUGGGCGAAACGUCAGGAGGGAAUGCUUCCGGAACAUGGCCAUACAGCCCGGAAAACAUACAACAACCCCUUUUUGAAUGUCAUUAAACAUAUGGUUUAUUCAAUGCAUCAAUAUCAAUACAAAGACAAAUGAAGCCAUCGCUAUACAGUAAAACGUAAGAAUGUUAUUUAUUAUUGUUGUUGUUGUUUACAGCAUUUCUACCCCGCCUUUCUCACUCGAGGGGACUCAAGGCGGCUUAACAACAAUAGGCAAGAAUUUAGUGCCUGACACAAUACAUUAAAACAACAGUUCAUAUAGAAACAAUAACAUAACGUAAUAAAACACAUAAUACAAAAUUUAAAAACAGAUCCAAGUUACAAUCUAUUCAUCUAAAAACCUCAUAUGUAAAUGUUACAUUCACAGUAAAAGGAAUGUACUUAUCCUUCUCUUGAAAGAUGAAUUGACUCCUCUUCUUAUACAAAACAUUUGUUCUUAUUUCUUUACUAAGGAAGAGUAGACUCCGAAUUCACAACCGGUUUCAACAAGAGAGUAUUCGUCAGGUGGACUAUAGUCUAUUACACAAACCAAUACGUAUUUUUCAUCCGAUAUGAUUUUAGAUCAUUCUUAUAUUAUUAUUUUUUGCGCUGAAUUCAGAUCUGUCUUUAUUUUUUCUCUGUCACUUGUAGUUUUUGCAGUGAGGCUAAUUGAAUUAAUGCAUUUGCGCACUGAUAUCAAUUGGAUUCUAUUGAUAUCACUGCAUUAAAUGCAUUAAUUAUUUGAUUAACCUCAUCGCAAAAAAUUACAUGUGAUGAAGAAAAAAUAAACACAGAUCGGAAUUCAGCACAAGACACUUUAUAAGAAUUACCUAAAAUUAUAUCUGAUGAAAAAUACUGGUUGGCUUGUGGUUUAUUAGAUUAUAUUGAUAUCAGUGAGUAAAUGCAUUAAUUAUUCAAUUAGUUUCAUUGCAAAAACUGCAUGUGAUAGAGAGAGAAAAACACAGAUCUUAAUUCAGCAGAAAAAAAAGCUCUAUAAGAAUGACCUAAAAUUAUAUCUGAUGAAAAAUACUUGUUGGUGAAAUGUGCAGCCUUUACAGUAGUCCAUUGUAAUGUACCAUUUGUCAUAUUUUUAAAAAAUUACAUGAUGGGGAAAAAAAUUAAGACAUAUUUAAAAUCAGCAUAAAAAUUGCAAGUUUCUUAAGUUUCUCAAGUCGUUCCUGACAUGAAAAAAGCUUAAAAAUUUAUUUAAACUGUGCUGUCAUUUCUGAUUAUUACAAAAGUUUGAUUUUGUUGGCUUGUGUUAUCUGUGUUGUUUUUUUGAGUUGUUUUUCUGAUAAUAUAUGGAUCCUAAAGAGAGCAUAUAUGAUGGCAAAAGGUUGUUUAAAAUAUACAUAGUUGCAUGAGGCAUACAAUGUACAUGACAAAGAUAAUGCAAAAAUUAUGCUCACAGAAAGUUCUAUUUCUUAGCAUUCAUCCUCUGCUUACAGUUUGAUUCCAGUGCGAAUAUGAAGGAAUGCCUCCAGCUUUUACAACAUAAAUCUUUUUGAAUUUUUACUCUCCGAAAGGGUUGAACAAUACUUACUCAUAUGAUUUUUUUUUUGUAAGAAUCAGAGGCAUUCUUUAAAUAUUGUAAAAUAUUUACUGUGAAUGUAACAGUAUAAUAAUAAUAAUAAUAAUAAUAAUAAUAAUAAUAAUAAUAAUAAUAAUAAUAAUAUAAAACUUUAUUUGUAUUCCGCCCUAUCUCCCCGAGGGGACUCAGGGCAGAUUCCAACAUAAAAUGGCAAACCUUCAAUGCCUCCAUAAACAAACAAAUACUGAACAUAGAAAUCCCAGAGAAACCCCACAUAUAAAAAUAACAUUAAAACCUCACAUUUAUUUAUUUAUUCGCGACAUUUAUAUCCCGCCCUUCUCACCCCGAAGGGGACUCAGGGCGGGUUACAAGUAUAUUUACAUACAAUAUGUUAUAUUAUGCGACUAUAUUGCAAUAUUAUUAGUAAUAUCGCAUGUAACAUAAAUAUAAUAGUGAAUUAUAAUUAUUAUUACAUUGUAUUACAUCAUAAUAUUAUUAUCAAUAUUAUAUGUAUAUACAAUAUAUUAUAAAAUUAGUAUAGUAUAAUAUUAUUAUAAAUUAUUAUAUCAUUAAAUUGAUACAGGAGACAUGGUGGAAAGUCUAAUUUAAAGUUGUAACAUCAAUAAAUUAAGCUACGUGUAGUCAAACAAAAUUAUAAUCAAAUUGUAAAAAUCCAAACAAGCAUCCACAUUAGUUUACAACAACCAACUAGAGUUCACAGUGUGGGUCAAAUGCUUUUAUUUGUCUUUGUAUUCAUAUUGAUGCAAUGAACUAAAUCUAUGUUUAAUGACAUUCCAAAAAAAAUUGUAUUACCAUAACAGUGGAUACUUGUCUUUGUAAGUUCCUAUUUUCCAUUGCAAUACUUCCAGUUGGUUUCAGUUGGCGUUGGUCGAAGGGACAUUGCUCUGCUCGCUGCUCCUUUUUGAAUGCUUGUUGUGUGCUGCAACUUGGUUGAAUAAACCCAAUGGGCUCGGCUGUCAGUUCGGGAGAAGGAUAUCCCUUGGUGAAGGAUUUCAGGAAGGCUGUUGGGUGGCCUAUUUGGAGACCACUGGUCAGUGGGAAUCCAACCAGAGUCUUGAAGGCGAAGACUCUGGAAGAGGAACGGUGGUUGUUGGAAAUGCAUGCUUCAUAGCCAGCAGGUUGUGUAUGUGUGUGGGGCUUUUUCUAUAUCCAAGAGAGCAUGCUGUUGGGGUUGUCUGGCUCUUCUGUCUCCCUGCCAGAGCUCACCCCCUUCCCUGCCACUGACUCGGGACCACGAGCCUGUCACAGCCAUGCCCAGGCCUCUGUUUGGCUUUUGGGGCGCCCCAAGGUAUCCCCAAAGUGGAAGGGACUGGCAGAAGGCCCGCCUUCAGAACUCAGGAAACGAAACACAGGGCCUUUUUUUGGAUCAGGACAUGCAAAUCAUCAGUACCCAGUGGUACCCAAGUGCCGAAAUUGAUGUGGGGCUGGUGGGGGGCUUGUGUUCUUGCAGUCGGGGUGAGACGCCGUGUCGCCAUUCUCUCCUCCCUCUGCAAAGAGGCCACGUCUUCUUCGGGGGUCUCUCAGGGUCUUGGGGCAUCCGUGGCCUGGAGAAGGAGUUGGCGCAACCGGGAGGAACGGCGACGCAGGGAAACGGGAACGGCUCUUUCUUGUGCCAAACACCGAGUUUGGGGAUGGAGUGUGGGUGAGUGGGACACCACCCGUGCCUCAUUGAGGAUGCAUUCGUAUAAAUAUAUAUAUAUAUAUAUAUUUUAGAAACCGUUUUGAUUUCUUAGAGAAAACUUGGGAUUGUAGAGAGGACGACACCGAUGCUGCAACUUGCCGUCUCUGGAGGACGAUGCUUUGAGGGUGAUUGCUGCUUCUUUACUACGUUCUCAAAGGAACUUAGUGGUGAGGGAAGUGCCCUUGUCCCAUUAUGAAAGUUCUGGCUCGCCCUCCGAGAGUUGCGGGUGAGGGACUGGCAUGAUUGCUGCUUCUUGACCACGUCAAGGAACUUAGUGGUGAGGGAAGUGCCCUUGUCCCAUUAUGAAAGUUCUGGCUCACCCUCAAAGAGUUGCGGGGGAGGGACUGGCAUGAUUGCUGCUUCUUGACCACGUCAAGGAACUUGGUGGUGAGGAAAGUGCCCUUGUCCCAUUAUGAAAGUUCUGUCUCACCCUCCGAAAAAGCCGCCAUAUAGUCUUGCAUGCUCUGGGUGGCACGGAGGGAGGAACGAGACCGGACUGCCUCGUUCCCAUAGAUGGAAACCCAUCAGAGAUUCAGAUUUCCUGGGUUGGUUUCUAUUGACCUUUGAGGAAGUUCUUCCUUCCUCAGCCCAAGUGAGGAGCCAAAGAAUGGACCCAUUCUUGUCCUAGGAUGAGGCUGCUUGGGUGGCAACUCUGAGAAGGCACACCUAGAUGUUCUCCUUUUCACGAAAUAUGUAUUAAGGUCAUGUCCUUCCCAGGAGAAGACUUGUCCUUCCCAGGAGUAUCUACCUUCCCAGACGGUUUGUUUUGUUUACCUGGCUCCCCUUCAAUUCCAUCUCCGUUUUGCUUUCCUAUAAUGUUUGAUGCUCAGUUUUGUUUUUGUUUUUUUGGUUUCAUGGAUCGUGAUGGGUUUUUAGCAAGAGAGAUUUCUUUGCUUUGAAAUAUUUCUGAUUAGAUUUCUUUUUUUAAUAAAAAAAAUACUGUUAAAGUGUUAAAGUGACAAAGUAUUUACUGAUAACUUUUUUUAAAAAAAAUCUUCUUUUUUUUCACGAGACACGGUCCUGUCUUUAUGAUGCUUUUGAUUCAGCAGGGACUAAACGCAUUUGAGCAGCCGCUCUUAGCUUGAGGUAUUUUGUCCGUGUAAAGCAGGAUUAAAAUUGUGUGUAAAAAACAAAAAAACCUAAAAUGAUAUGUAAGUAGUCCUCAUGCUUUUGUGCAGUGCCUUUAGACGUUCCACUUUCUAUAAAAAGUCUUCAAAAAACAAAGUUUGCAUAUAUAUUAUAUAUAUGAUGUAAUGUUAUAGAAAUAUAUGUAUAAUAUACAUAUUUUUUUCCAGGGGUAUCCGAUAGCUCUGUAUUUUGUUAUGGAAGUUGAUAUGAAAAGUAUUUUACCUCAAAUUUUAAAAAGUUAAAUAAACCUUUUAAGUAA